GUCGUCACGUCCGUUUUUACGCACUUCCGGUUAAGAUUAUUCCUCCAUGCUCCGCAACGUUGAAUUUUCAACACGAAAGGCAGACUGAAGAAAAAGACCAAAUAAACCACAGCCAUAAUGUUCAAACUGGAAGGACUCGGGCCUAAAAUGGACCCAGAGGAGAUGAAGAAGAAAAUGAGACAAGAUGUCGUCUCAUCUGUACGAAACUUCCUUAUUUACGUCGCCAUUCUCAGAGCCACCCCAUAUGUGUUAAGGAAGCUGGACAGCAUAUGAGCGGAGCAGCAGGUCUCUUCUUCCGCCAUGCACUGAGAGUUUACUCCAUCAGAGACAGUAUGAGCCAUCUUCAUCAGACUACCGGGGCAACAGCAGCAAAUCCUGUUGGAGAUGAUCAAAGUCUGUCCAUCACUGCACCUGAAGAAACACCUUGUUUUCAUUUGUCAUGUCUUGUUGAAUACUUUAGUCUGCCUUUCUUGUGAAAGGCAUUGUUAAAUGCAAAGUCUAAAUGUGUGUAUGCCUGCUGUGUUCACACAUCAAAGGGGAAAACAUGUUGUUUUUGAUUUACAUAACAGAUUGUUAAAUGGCAAGAAAACGUUCAUGAUAGGGUUUUAAACCUUGAAUCUGACAUCACUGAAAAUAAAAAAAUUGCAUAAAAGA